CCGCUUCUAUCAGUCCUACUCUUAACGCUUCACAAGAGGCGACAGCGUCUCCCUGUUCGCAGGGUUUAUUGGGAAUUGUAGUCCGCUUUGUCUUCUUGGACGCGUCUCGGGAGAACAGUUGGGGACUACAUUUCCCAUUUACCUGAGCCGGAGGAAAACGGAGGUUUCCUGUCAGACUCUGCACUGGCUCUGGCCUUGCACUGAGGGAGGGAAAAGAAAGUGUGGGGAGGGUUGCCAGGCCCCGGCUGAGGCCCGGAGCUGGCAGGGGAGCGGCAGCCACAACAGAGCGGACCAGGGGGCUAUGGACCCCGCCGAGGCGGUGGUGCAGGAGAAGGCCCUCAAGUUUAUGUACGCGGUGUGACGUUUCUACCCUCCUUUCUGCUUACACUGCAGAAUUAUUCAACCCAUGCUGAAUAGUGACUCUGCAUGGGAAAAGACAGCAGUGCUCUAUGCCCCGGUCUCUGUGGCUGGGUUGCUCCAGCCUGGCGGACAGCAUGCCCUCGCUGCGAUGCCUCUAUAACCCAGGGACUGGCGCACUCACAGCUUUCCAGGCCUUUAUUGAAGAUGGAUCUGUUUUUUCCAUUGCUGACAUAUAUUCAUCCAGGCUGCUGCUAAUACAUAAGUUGUCAUCUCAAGACCUUCCUGAGAAUUCAUCUGAGAGAGAAGACUGUAACAAUGAUGAGCCCCCCAGGAAGAUCAUUCCUGAGAAGAAUGCACUCAGGCAGACCUAUAAUAGCUGUGCCAGACUCUGUAUAAACCAGGAAGCAGUAUGCUUAGGGAGUACUGCUAUGAAGACUGAAAACUGUGUGGCCAAAACAAAACUUGCCAAUGGCACUUCAAGCAUGAUUGUGCCAAAGCAAAGGAAGCUAUCUGCAAGCUAUGAAAAGGAGAAGGAGCUCUGUAUCAAGUAUUUUGAGCAGUGGUCAGAGUCUGACCAAGUGGAAUUUGUGGAACAUCUCAUCUCCCAGAUGUGUCACUAUCAGCAUGGGCAUAUCAACUCAUACCUCAAACCUAUGUUACAGAGAGAUUUCAUCACGGCACUGCCAGCUCGAGGCCUGGAUCACAUUGCUGAGAAUAUCCUGUCGUACCUGGAUGCCAAGUCUUUGUGUGCUGUUGAGCUGGUGUGCAAGGAGUGGUACCGCGUGACAUCUGAUGGCAUGCUGUGGAAGAAGCUGAUCGAGAGGAUGGUCCGAACAGACUCAUUGUGGAGGGGCUUGGCAGAGCGGAGAGGAUGGGGACAAUAUCUUUUUAAGAACAAGCCACCUGAUGGGAUAGCCCCACCCAACUCCUUCUACAGAGCACUUUAUCCCAAAAUUAUACAGGAUAUAGAGACAAUUGAAUCAAACUGGCGGUGUGGAAGGCACAGCUUACAGCGAAUCCACUGCCGAAGUGAAACGAGCAAAGGGGUUUAUUGUUUACAAUAUGAUGAUCAGAAGAUAGUAAGUGGCCUCCGAGACAAUACCAUCAAGAUCUGGGACAAGAAUACACUAGAAUGCAAGAGGAUUCUGACCGGACACACAGGGUCAGUUCUUUGCCUCCAGUAUGAUGAGAGGGUGAUCAUCACCGGAUCAUCGGAUUCCACUGUCAGAGUGUGGGAUGUAAAUACGGGUGAGAUGCUAAAUACCCUGAUCCAUCAUUGUGAAGCGGUACUGCACCUGCGUUUUAAUAAUGGCAUGAUGGUGACAUGUUCCAAAGAUCGUUCCAUUGCCGUAUGGGACAUGGCCUCCCCAACAGACAUCACACUACGAAGGGUCCUGGUUGGACACAGGGCAGCUGUCAAUGUGGUAGACUUCGAUGACAAGUACAUUGUGUCAGCAUCGGGUGAUAGAACUAUAAAGGUCUGGAACACAAGUUCAUGUGAGUUUGUGCGUACCUUGAAUGGCCACAAGCGAGGCAUUGCUUGUCUACAGUACAGAGAUAGACUGGUAGUGAGUGGUUCAUCAGAUAAUACAAUCAGGUUAUGGGACAUUGAAUGUGGGGCAUGCUUGCGGGUCCUGGAAGGCCAUGAGGAGCUGGUGAGGUGCAUUCGUUUUGAUACCAAGAGGAUAGUCAGCGGAGCCUAUGAUGGGAAAAUUAAAGUGUGGGAUCUGGUGGCUGCCCUGGACCCCCGUGCCCCUGCUGGAACUCUCUGUCUGCGCACUCUUGUGGAACACUCUGGCAGGGUUUUCCGUCUCCAGUUUGAUGAAUUUCAAAUCGUUAGCACCUCACAUGAUGACACAAUCCUUAUCUGGGACUUCCUGAAUGAUCCAGCUACCGAAGCAGAAUCUAACCGCUCCCCUUCCAGAACAUACACUUACAUCUCCAGAUAAAUAGCACUGCACUGUAUCUUACACUUGCACAGGACUCAUUUAACCUGCGAUAUUUAAAUUGUCUGCCAAUGCCAGGGCAAAAGAAUUAACCACAUAACAGAUAUUACUGAAGAGAGAGGCUCUCAGACACACUUCUGGAACCAAGGCGGCAUGCAGUUGAUCUCAGACAAGGACUUCUUAGCACAGCUGAUUGCUGAAGUGCUGCUAUAUGAGAAAAUUUAUUUUAUCUUUCCUGAAUGACUGGUGUGUUAAACCUCACCUCCUCACACUCUUUUCCUUCCCAUGUCCUCUCUUGUCCUGAGUGCAGAUGUCCUAUAAAUAUAUUUAACAUGUUGCCAGAAUUUCUUGCUUUGCUCUUAAGCAGAAAAAUUAUUGCCACCAUUCAUUCACCUGGGAGAAUCACCUUGUGAUGCGUUGGUAGGAGGGGAAUAGCAGGCUGAUGCCUCUGCCUUUUGUGAUUUGUGUAAAGGACACCUCUAGUUUCUUGCAGAAGAGCCUUGGACUUUAAAGAAGGGCAAGAUUAAUGCCAAAUGAAGGCCCUGGUGGCCAGAAACCAGUUGGGAGAUCAUGAUGAUGUCUAAAUAAUUUCAGCUAAGCCCUCUGCAGUUCACUUGUUUGAAAUGUUGGUCUGGCAGAUGACAGUAAAUGAAUGGUGAAACUUUCUUCUGCCAAAAUCUAAUAUUGCUUAAGAAAUGAGGCUUAUUGGUGAUGACAUCAAGUUCUUGGUUGUAGUGGGCAAUAUUUCUACUAUCAAAGUAUAUGGGCUGCUCUACAAAAAAAUCUCACUGAAUAGAUUUCCAUGUUCUGCUUCCUUCCCUCUCUGUGGUGCAGCAUUGCAUCUCAACUCCUUAUCCCCCCAUAAGAAGAGUAUGACAUUAAAGUUGGCAACCAUCCUUCUUGAGACUCCAUCAGCCUAGAAUUGAAUGGCUUAUUCAGACUUUUUCUGCUGACCCGAUUGUAUCAUUAUUCAUUGGCUGACAUUUGUGCAUUGUUGUCAUACUUUGUUGGAAGGGAACUACUGAAGGUAUGGAACAUUAUGAUGACUCCACAUCUCGGCCUGUAAGCUGUAAGGCCAGUUUGUAAUGGAGGUGAUAAUAGUAGAGAAGAACAGUAGAGGGCCCUUAGCUAGGGGCAGAAAAGAUCCAACAGCAAACAUAACCCACACCACCUUAGCAAACAAUAUAAUCUUCCAUCACCAAGUGGGAAUAUUUGAACGCUGGCCUCCAAGAAGGAAAGGUUAACUCUUUUGGCCAAGAUUUAUUUUAAAUUUGGAAGUUAGGUAAAAAGAGAACCUCACUUUAUGCUGCCAAGCGGGCAGAUUCCCUCUGAUCUGUCUCCUCUACAUUCACUCGGGAAUAGCAGUUUCCCCAUGAUGAAGUUUUGGCAUUUGCCUUGGCAGGUUCAGCAGGUCAGACGUCAGUGAGAACUAAGAAUAAUUGGGCAGCUGGUUCUGUCCUGUAGUUCUCUGCCCUGGAUCAAAAGGGAUAGUUUCAUGAGGAUGCUCUGCCUUGUCCAUGGAUCCUCAACUUGCCUAUUAUCCAGGGUCAUAUUAGCACCAAAGACAUCAUCAGAGGUAUUAGUUUUCUUGGAGGGGGUCGGGGAGGAUUGUGCUGAUCUUGGUCUACUUUUUUAAGUGUAUCUUUAAAUAAAGGCAAAGGACAUCAGAGUUGCAGCUAGAAGGUUUACCUUACCAUGUGGCUAUCCAUCAAAGGAUGGAAAAAUUGCCUUGCACCAAGCUUGCAUAGCAAGAUGGAACAUAAGAGAUUUUACUGCAUUCUAAUUCUUUGUUAUGUUUACAAGCUCACUUUGACUCCAUCCCUGUUUCACCACUAUUACUUGGAUUCCAUUCAUACAAAAUUUGCAGUAUUGGCUGGGUGUGGAAGAGGAUUGCAGAUCUGCUACAGCUGGAGCAUCAACAGGUUAUUCUUGUCCUCUUGCUUGCUGGCAGAGCUGUGAGAUCAGUAUUUUCUCUCCUGAAUGGUGUGUUUGUGUAGGUGUCUUUGGCUGUAGCUCUGUCAAGCACAUGUUCUUUUGUUUUGCGGAGUUAUGAGAGUUAGAGUUCAAAAAAGGGACAGUGUCAUUGCUGGUGCAACCCUGCCUUGAUAGUUAUGAUCUUGCUCUUUCCUGCUGCUGUUCCCAAACGUUUCUAACUACAUUUUGGUUUUGAAACAGACAUGGUACUGGAGAACUAAUCCUAACGAAUAAAACACGUUCUCAAGUGAAAAGUAGCAAGUUUUUCCUGUAAACCAUUUCAAGAAAGAAGUUGAAAUGGUGCUUUUUCAAUAGAAUGAGGAUCCACCAUGCCUUGGCAUGGAAAAAGACUGCUGCAAAAAGGAAGAGCUCCCCACUCAAGUUGCAUGAAUUUGAAGGAAAUGUUGAAGUUUACAGCCUUCAGCCUACUGCAUCUCCAACCAUUUGGGGAGGGGUUUGGUAUUCAUCACAAGAGGAAGGCUCUAAAUCUACUACUUGUCAUCUCUGUAUAUGGACACUUAAUGGAUUGAUCUGAUAGGUAAUUCCAAAUGGAUUUGUAGUGAAAACUGAAAAGGGAAUUGUAACUAUGAUGUUUCUGAAAAGGGGCUGAGCCCUAAUGCUUCAGAAUGAAAUGCUAACUUGGAAUUGCUAAUUGCAAACGGCCUUGCCUUUCACUCUGUGGAGAGCUCCACAGGCAGGUGUCCACAGAAGGAAAAUCAGCAUAUAACUGGCUGCUAGCCAUAGGAGAGAGUCUUGCUAAUUCUAACACUAGAACAAUUGAGUACUACAUUAAACAAUGUAAGCUGAGUCUGGACACACAACUGAAUAUGUAGCAUAGGAAUCCCCCUGCAGUAAUACUGAGCCACUUUCACUGUUGCUGAUUAAGCGUCAGGGCAAAUUGAACACUUUGAUUAUUAUUUUAAGACUUUAUGCUUGCUUCUGAAAUCAGAAGUUGGGAGAGAAACCCUGCUGGUGCAGCAAAGGAAGAAAAAUUCUAAAACUGUUUUGACUUCAUAAAAUAAAAGAGUUGCAAGUA